UUUUUUUCUUCCCCCCACCCUCAUUUUAUUUUUUUUGAAUGGAUUUUAUUUAGAUGAACUUUCAGGAUUUUUGAAGAAUAGUUGGCUUGGUUUUUGCCACACCUUUGACUGCCAGUAGGGCAGCUGGAGGGAGCAGGGGAUUAAAUCUGCAGAUGCCCGGGAUGAGCGAAUUCUGGCACAAGAUGGGCUGCUGCGUUGUGGCCAAGCCCCCACCGAAAAAGAAGAGGAGAAAGAUUGACCGCAGCAUGAUCGGGGAGCCCAUGAACUUUGUCCACUUGACACACGUCGGCUCGGGAGAAAUGGCUGGGGGGAUGCCUCCGCUGGGGUCCAUGCAGCAUAUGAGGUCGAAAGGUCACGGCUCAAGCGCCCGCAAUGGUGUGUAAGAGCAGCACAGCUGACCAAUCUGGGGACUCUCGUUUAAUUCUUCUGAAAUGCCACGGCAAGUUAGCAGAGCUCCACAGCACCUUCCCAGUCUCCCCCCUCAGACGCGUGCCCCCCCGGUGCUCCUUCGGCUCUCCUCAGCGGCCCAACCUGCCGCAGCCGCAACACAGGAGCGACUGCGGACAGCCCCGGACUUUGAACAAAGCCUCAGGUCCUCAUUAAGUGACGGAUAUUUAAUGCUUUCCUUUUAAUCUUCUCAACAUAUUAAACCGUUUUUGUCACAGUCCAACAAGGAUGCGGUCAGCGCUGUACAGUCUUCCAUGAAUGAGGAGGCUCUUUCUAUGGUUCACACAACUGAUUAUGUGCAAGGCACUGGAGAACUUUGGGAUGUUUUAAGUUGAUGGUUUUUACCUUAUUUAAUUUUAUCAGCACGCGCACAAAGUUUGUGUAUUGCCCUCCUUUUGGAUUGCUGUGCUUUGAGAAAUUUUCAAUAUGUUGGCUGUCGUGAAGCUGACGAGCCUUAUGUCGGUUCUUAAUUGGAGAAAUGUUGAGGUUAUUCCAAACAGCAGUCCAAAAUUGCAUGCGUGCGUACGCAGGGUUUUUUAUUUAUUUUUUUUGUCCGAGUAAAACCAUUAAAUCCAAGUGAUGUUUCAAGGAAUAGGAUCCAUACUGCAAUACACCAAUGCGCUAAGUCAGAGCUCUGGUGCUUUACGUAGCCAGCUCACGAGGGCGUUCACAGUGUACACUGGCUCUUCUCAUUAAACACUGGAAUCGGCUUCCUCGCUGCCAA